UUCUCCAUACCCCCAACCCCUCCGUAACAACUAUACUAUCGUUUCCUUAGAAUACAGACCUAUAAGAGGUUCGAUGAUCAAGUAAGUGGUAUCAGUUAGUUGUUUUCUCGAGCCUGAAGAACACCGUCCCUUAAACGCCUGACCGCUUUCACUGUACAUACAGAAGCUGAAACAAUGAAGACAUUCCUGAUAUUACUGGCAUGCGUCUGCCUGUCGCACAGUGAGCCAGCGAAAAAAGAAUCUCGUACCCGGCAAGUUGAGUACAAAUACCAGUACGCUGGCGAGCCAGAGUUAGCGAGUCCUGUUUCCUACGCAGAGGCUGCUCCCGUUUUAGCAUCAGGUCCGCUCUCUCAUGGUCGCGGGCUUUCACAUCCAGGUCUGAGCGUUGGAGGUCCUUUGGUCAGCAUCGCUAAAGGCGCGGCCGAGCAGGCACACACGCAGCUGAGUAAUCAGCAGACCGCUGCUGGCCAGGCUGCCUACGUCGCGAAAAAUACUCUGGCUCAAGCGGCUGUCCAAUCGGCCGCCACCGCGGCCGCAGCUCUCACCGGCAAGCAGAUCGUGGUACAGGGAUUGGAGCAGCAGUCGAAAGAUCUGCACACGGCGGUAGAUAACGAGAAGCUGCAACUGCAGCAAGCGGAGCGUGCCGCCGACGCGGCGAGAAGUAGCGCUAAGCAAGCUCUUCAUCAAGUACAAGUGAUCACCGCAGCUUUAAACGCCGCUCAGACUACGGCGGACCGGGCGGCGCAAGCUGCGGCGGAGGCCGAGGCUGAAUUGGCCGCCCAGACCAGCAUGGUCGGUCAAGCGAAGGCGAGGGCCGAAUCGCUCGACGAACAACUAUCCGCGGUUCGUUUAGAUUACGAAAGCACCCAAGUAGCCGCUGAAAAAGCCGCCACAGCGGCAGCCGCUGCUCAGAACAACGCUGCGGCCGCAGCCGCCCACGUGGCUGACAGUGCCGCGAACUCUGCCCUCCUCGCCCACGAGCCCGUCGAGGCUGCACCGAUUGCCAAACUGCCCGAACAACCUCUUCAUCACGAAUCUGCUGUUUUAGAAUCUCCAGGAGCACUCCAUCAAUCCGCCCUUCUUUCGCCCAGUGCGCUCCACGAACCCAGCAGCCUCUUGGCAUCCGGUGUACUCCACGAUGCUGAUGGCCUCCGCGGACCGAGCAGGCUUCACGACAUUGCCGGCCUUCGCGCGUCUGACGUUCUCGAAGAAACUGGUGCUCUUCAUUAUCCCAGCAGCCUCAAUCAACGUGCACAAUUGUUGAGCUUAGCUAAUGCUUUACCUGCUGACAGUUACGAUGUCAAAGGUUACCGGUACUAGGUUCCUUGGUUGGACAUUUUAACGGAAUCUAGUUGUUGCCUCUUUUAUUCAGAAGUAAUGUCAUUUUGUUAUAUUCCAUCUAUCAGACUGUGAAAUAAAACAUUGUU